AUGGCCACAAAAUUCUCAGCUGCAUGGCCAGCUGAGUCGGCCUUGAUGUUUGCUUACCUCACGACAAUGAAAUUUGAGCGAGCUUCACACAUUCUCGGCCUCUGGAACAAGGAGGAGCAGACUAUGAAUGAAUAUGCUUCGAGCCUGAUUGAGGGUAUCCCAGCUGCAUUUUUUCUUCGUCCCCUUCCUGUCCCUUCCGGACCUCACUUCGAAAUCUCAGAUGGAAGGUUGAUUUAUGACCCUUUGUGUGAUAAGUCGCACGUCAUCAAUCAUGAAGAGCUGAAGCCUUUCGUUGAUUUGUGGGAUCGGUCGAACAACGUCCCCCUUCGGCCUUCUGCUCUUCGCAAGACCCGACCUCUGAAUAGCUUCAUGGCAUUUCGCACUUGGUUGGCGCCCGUGUUUGACGGCCUCACUCAGAAGCAUAAAUCGCAAUGUAUCGCCCAAUUGUGGGCAGAAGACCCCCUGAAGUCUCAUUGGGAGGUGCUAGCCAAGACCUACAAUGAGCUCCGUGACCGUUAUGAUCUCGAGGACGGCUCUCUUACCGGCUUUCUUCGACGUAUCAGCCGUUUCGUCAACUUUCCAAUUCCUAGCAAAUAUGUGACGAUGUGCGGAUGGACUGUUGAGAAAACGAAAGCUGGCGUGGAGCUCAACCGAGCAGCAUGGGUCGAUGAUGUCCGUAUGAGCCUUAUCCGUACCCCACUCGAUAUCUUCGAGAUUAUCGAGUUUGUCACCCUCCACAUACGUGGCUACGCAAUCCUGAAGCCUGUGCCAUUGUGCUCUUCGUUGAACGACUCCGCUAUUGCUAUUCUCAAUGGUCGAACCCUUGAUCCCGUGGAGUGGGAUUUUGAUCUUGCAAGCGGCGAAUUUCUGACCGCAGAAGACCCUUAUCUGACGUUGCGCGAUAUGUUCUACGUCCCCGACGAGGGAAUGCACCCUAUCAACGACCUCAUUCACUAUGCUCCGAACGUGGAUCCUCCAGAAUUUUCUGUUGCUACAGCUCGUCUCCUAAACACGAAGGCAAUGACUCAAGCAAACAUCUAUGCCCGCCACGCACCCAACCCCAAUUAG